UUAGAGCAAGAAAGACUUGCUAAUCAGGCUAAACUUAUUGAAGAAGAAAAACAGAAAAAACUUGCGGCAAUAGCACUAGAAGAUAAAGAACAACGACAAAGAAUAGAAAAACAGGCUAAUGAGGAAAAAGCUCAAAGCCAAAAAAUAGAGUUAGAAAGACUUAUCAAAGAACGAGAAUUACAAACCAAAAUGGCUCAGGAAUUAAAUCGUUUAGCUGCCGAACAAACUAGAAUAUUGCGAGAAAACAAGAAUUCAGCAGAUCAGAUGAGAGCUUAUCCUUCCAGUGAAUCCCAAGCCGGAACUCAAAAUCCUACUCAAUCUUCCGGAGGCACUUUAAGAAGUUGA